AUGGUUGACCAAACCACAGUGAGCGUUGAAGAGCAGAGGCAGGUGACCAUCAGCAUGUGCUCGACGCCAAGUGAGCGGAGCCUCGCCGGCGCCGCCGGCAGCGCCUCGACUCCGAGAUCCAGCAAGCUGGUGACGCUGGAGUCCCUGCAGAAACUGAUGCUCAAGUCGCCGCCGCAGGCUGACGUGCACGACGCCGAGCAAGGGCGGCGUGCCCCGGAGGUGCCGGUGCCGCUGGCGAAGAAGGUGGCAGCGGAGUUCAUCGGCACGUUCAUCCUCAUGUUCGCGGUGGUGUCGACCAUCGUGGCGGACGCGCAGCACGGCGGCGCGGAGGGCCUGGUGGGCGUGGCGGCGUCGGCGGGGCUGGCGGUGGUGGCGGUGGUGCUCGCCGUGGUGCACGUCUCCGGGUCCCACCUGAACCCGGCGGUGAGCCUGGCCAUGGGCGUGUUCGGGCACCUCCCGCGCGCCCACGUGCUCCCCUACGCUGCCGCGCAGACGAUGGGGUCCGUCGCCGCCACGUUCCUCGCCAAGGCCAUGUACCGCCCCGCCGACCCGGCCGUCAUGGCGACGGUGCCCCGCGUCGGCGCCGCUGAGGCGUUCGUCCUCGAGCUCGUGCUCACCUUCGUGCUCAUGUUCGUCAUCACCGCCGUCGCCACCGACCCGACCUCGGCAAGUGCACCGUGCGCAGCAGUGGAUAUGAUAUAUCAGCUAGCCAUGAGCAAAGAGCUGGUGGCUAUCGCGAUCGCGGCGGCGAUAAUGAUGAACGCUCUCAUCGGAGGGCCGUCGACGGGGCCGUCUAUGAACCCGGCGCGAACGAUCGGGGCGGCGCUGGCGACGGGGAAGUACAAGGACAUCUGGGUCUACCUGCUGGCGCCGCCGCUGGGGGCCAUUGCAGGAGCUGCCACCUACACUCUCAUCAAGCCCUGA